AUGGAGUCCAAGAUUCCUGAUUUCCUCGCCGAGCAGCAAGCACAAGGAAGCGCAGAGACGCAACCCUACUUCCUCACGUUCGAAGAUUACUGGGAGCGUAAACUAUGGCAUCAGCUUACAGACUCGUUGGUUGAGUUCUUCCGCUUGCCAGAGAGUGCUCCGCACCGCUUAGCUUUCUUUAAGACCUUCGUGCUCAGCUUCGCCGACCGGAUCAACCAGCUCAAGUUCGUGUCGCUGGGUCUGAUGGCAGCAACAGAAUGUGGAGAUGACCAAGAACGACUGGGAUUCCUCACCUCUCUCGCCGACAAGGUGGACACAGCCGAUACACAGGACGCAUACGUCUACGCCCUCGGUGACGUGGCGAACGUGAAGCUGUCGUUGAAGGAUCUCGAAGGAGCGCAGAAGGACCUGGCCACCUGCCAGCGGGUGCUGGACACCUUUGACUCCGUUGAGACCGUAGUGCACGCAUCAUUCUACCGAGUGAACGCAGACUACUAUCACUCCAAGCAAGAAUUCGCCUCCUUCUACAAAAACGCCCUCCUCUACCUCGCCUGCAUUGACCUGGAAGAGCUCUCCGAGACCGAGCGCGCAUCGCGCGCCUAUAACCUCAGCGUCGCAGCCCUGGUAUCAGACACGAUCUACAACUUCGGCGAGCUGCUCCUGCACCCCAUUCUGGAUUCGUUGAACCAGACCCCACACAACUGGCUCCGCGAGCUUCUCUUCGCGUUCAACCGCGGCGACCUGACUGCCUACGAUGUGCUGGCCGGCAACGUCAGCAAGAACAAGCUGUUGGAGUCGCACCGCCAGUUCCUGUACCAGAAGAUCUCCCUGUCAGCGCUGACUGAGAUGGUCUUCCGUCGUCCCCCUCAUGACCGCUCUCUCUCCUUCCAGGCCAUUGCGUCUGAAACCAAGGUGCAACCCGAUGAGAUCGAGCACCUUGUGAUGAAGGCUUUGUCUCUGGGCUUGCUGCGUGGGUCAAUUGACCAGGUUGCUCAGGUUGCCCAGAUUCACUGGGUCCAGCCCAAGGUCCUUGAUAUGAAGCAGAUUGAUGGCAUGCGCAACCGUCUUAAGGACUGGGAUGCCGGUGUCAACCAGCUCGGUCAUUGGAUUGAGGGAGCUGGUAAGGAUGUCUGGGCUGCAUAG